CCGAUUAUGGAGCGAAAUCAACCGUCCAGGGAUAUAUUCAGGAGCAUUAUUCAUAUCCAAAUUCAUAUCACGAUUAGUAAUGAAAUUCCUGGCUAGGAUUGAAUUCCCCGCAGAUCUGAGCUCCGACUGAGAGCCCGCUUGAUCUCCCCGCACUUCCAUAUACCUAUCCAAACCUGCCAAAUUCGCAAUGCGCGCCGCAACCGCAGCCACCUCACCCACUCCCUCGCCUUCCGCCCUUACAGCCCUCACAGCCCCCACUGCUCAAAACCCCAUCGCCUCCCUUGCCGUCCAAAUAUUGCAUAACCUCCAGCACCAACACUUCUGGACAGCCCUGCGCAUCCACGAUCCGUACACCCUCUCCCCGACCCAACGCAUACCCCUAAUAUCCGGCCUGCCGCCUCAAGCCUACUAUACUCACCCAGACGAGCAAGCCUACAUGCUAGACCAUGGCAUUAGUACGGACGAUGUUCCCGUAGAACGCGAGUGGGUGAUUCCAACGGCACAGGGACAGGCAUGGAGCUUAAGAAGGCUGGCGGAAUGUUUUGAUGCGUUGGAGUUGCCCGAUGGCAAACAUGGAGACGGGGUUGGGAAUGCGAAUGAAGAUGAUUGCAGUGGUAUGUCAGAAACGAAUAGCGGAGAAGUGAGAGAGAACGAGAAGAAUAAGGAUCAAAAGGAGGAGAAAGUGGAGGCAAAGGAGGAGAAGAAACGGAGUAAAGAAGAGAUAUUUGCGGACUAUGAGCGGCGGCGGAGGGGGAAGGAGUGGGGUGGCAAACGAGCUUUGAUGGCGAUGGUUAAUAGAGGAAUGGGUGGGGAUGGGACGGUGGUGUACUAUGUGGUGCUUGAGGGGAGUGUAAAACCGAGGCAGAAUUGA